UUCCCUUUCAAGCAACCAGCAAGAAUGUAAGUUUACUUUAAAUUAUUUCUUGUCAUCAUUUUUCUUGAUAUCUCUCACGUGAGGAGGGAAUCUUUUCUUCUUCCGCCAGGGCCCAAUCGCCUUUGAGGACGUGGCUGUGGAUUUCUCCCUGGAGGAGUGGGUUCUCCUGAAUCCGGACCAGAAAGCCUUGCACAAGCAGGUCAUGGAGGAGAUGAAUGGGAUUGUGGCCUCUCUCGUAGAUAACGGGGAAAAGAGCCAUGUAUGCACCAAGUACAGGAAGCAUUUGGGACACAACUGGGGCCUUCGUCAACAGCAGCAAGCCCACAGAGAAGAUGAAGGUUCUGCCAAAGAAAGGCCUGACAAAUGCAGUGUAUGUGGGAGGUGUUUUACCCAAAAUAUGGCACUUGUGCUUCACAAGACACUCGAUGUUGGGAAAAGCCAUCUUAAAGGGAAAGUAUCUGCAAAAUGUGUGGUGAAACACAAAAAAUUUCACACAGGUCAGGAACCAUACAGAUGCCAAGAGUGUGGGAAGUGUUUUGCUUCCAGUUCAGCCUUGUUGAGCCACAAAAGACUCCACACAGGAGAGAAGCCAUACCAGUGCCAGGAGUGUGGGAAAUGUUUUGCUGACAGUUCAGCCUUGGUGAGCCACAAAAGACUCCACACAGGAGAGAAGCCAUACAAAUGCCAGGCGUGUGGGAAAUGUUUUGCUUCCAGUUCAAACUUGGUGAGCCACAAAAGACUCCACACAGGAGAGAAGCCAUACCAAUGCCAGGAGUGUGGGAAAUGUUUUGCUUCCAGUUCAACCUUGGUGAGCCACAAAAGACUCCACACAGGAGAGAAGCCAUACAAAUGCCAGGAGUGUGGGAAAUGUUUUACCGACAGUUCAGCCUUGUUGAACCAGGAGUGUAGGAAAUGUUUUGCUUCCAGUUCAACCUUGGUGAGCCACAAAAGACUCCACACAGUAGGGAAGCCAUACCAGUGCCAAGAGUGUGGGAAAUGUUUUGCUUCCAUUUCAGACUUGGUGAGGCACAAAAGAAGCCACACAGGAGAGAAGCCUUACAAAUGCCAUGAAUGUGGAAAAUGUUUUACUCGGACUUCAUCCCUUAACCAGCACCAGAGAACACAUACAGGCUAAAAAACAGCCACUGUGUGUAAAUGUCUGAUUUUAAACAGGACCCUUUGAGAAGUUCUGCGUCAGAUUUGGUGGAGUCCCCGUUCUUGUUAUUUGAACCUGUAAGUUGGAGGUCCUGUUCUCUGGAGCAGCAGAAAGCAAGCUCUGUGUGACAGUGUACAGAUGUGUGAGGGAAGAAUCUUUUUGAUCCCACCACACACACAGAUACCACCAAUUAUAAAGAUGUCUUAUGGAUGAUGAUUUUAAUUAAUUAUUUAUUUAAUUAUCUUCUUCGCUGCCACCAAUGGAGGAGAUGUCGGCAGAUGGCACUGGUUCUUUUUAUACCUUCUUUGUUUAUUUUACCUCAGAUGUUGAUAUUGCUUAACUUGGUAUAUAAUUGUGACAGAGACUUAGAUGGAAUUAAAUCAAAACAAGUUUA